AUGUACCAUUGUGAAAUGAAAUUUAAACUCCAAAAGUUUACCCUUUUACUAACUGGAUGCCAGUUCAGGACGGCUGUAAUGCUGCUCUGCCUUCCACAGCGUGCUGCACCACUCUGUAGUUACUCGGUAACUAUACGUUUCUAUCUUUUUUGGUUAAACACUCCCUGAAGAUGAGAAAUAUGAUGUACAUACGUCCGUAUUAUACACAUUGAUUCACGUGUAAGGAUUUCCCUUCAUGUUUAUUCUGUGGGCUGGGCACAAUUUAGUGUAACAUAGCAAUACACGUCAUGAUACUUUGGUGUAAGAGUAAGUUCACUAUUUUUAUAAUGAACCCAAAUCUGAAGGCUUUUG